AUGAAUUUGGAUCCCAACAGAUUGUGGAUUGACGGUUGUUUUGACUUCACACAUCAUGGUCAUUGUGGAGCAAUUCUUCAAGCACGUCGCAUUAUUCCUGCGGGAACAGAACCGAGCGCGCUAAUAUGCGGCGUUCACAAUGACCGAGACAUUUUGCUAAACAAAGGUGGACAACCUGUGAUGCAAGAGCAGGAACGCUAUGAGCACACGCGCAGCAAUAGAUGGUGUUCUGAGGUGAUCGAGGAUGCGCCCUAUGUGACCCAACCGGCAGUCUUAGAUGCUCACCAUUGCAAGUAUGUCGUACACGGUGACGACAUUAGCACCGACGCCAACGGCGAGGACUGCUACCAGGUGAUGAAGGAUACGGGUCGUUUCUUGGUAGUGAAACGCACAGAGGGUGUCAGCACGACAGAACUCAUUCAUCGGAUCCUCACGGGUUCUGAAAUUUGUGGUUGCUCGAAAGAGGCGGUCGAGGCGAUUAUAAAGGAUGAAAAAUUGUCUUUGUACGCUACGGGACCAGACGGCCACGCACGCUGGUGCUACGUGUUCCAUCAAAAUCUCGACCAGCCAAUCGUGAGCGGCGGCUACGCCUUCAAUCCGGCUCGAGCGGUCUACAUCGAGGGGGAUUUUGAUCUUUUCCACGUCGGACACAUUGAGCAGUUGAGAGCGCUGCGUGAGACGAGCGACGCGGGUGCCGGCGCCCGCGCCUGCCAAGAGGGCUCCAAGUUGGUCGUGGGAAUAACAAGCAAAAAUCCCUGCUACAUGACGCUCACGGAACGUGUGCUCAGUGUACUGAGCUGCCGGUAUGUGGAUGCUGUCGUUAUAGAUCCGAAGACGGCAGAGCUACCGUUGAACAGGCACGAAUUGGACGACACGGCGUUGCGCACGGGCCGCUUCGCGUACCUUGAUCGGAACGUGAUCGUAGACCGGAUCCAAGCCGCGAGAGACCACUACAUGCAGCGGAACGCACGCAAGGGCGUUCCCCUCGAGCAGUAA